UUCCUUCAUAUAAUGAUAUGAUUAUCUGGCAGAUUUUGCAUUUAUCGUGGUUUCUCGUUGAAGUUAAAUAAUCUCUUACAUUAGAGUAUGUACAAUUAUGAUGUUCUUGUUGAUUACUAGCUAUAAGUAGCUAUUGUGUAUGCAGGGUGAUGGGCUUAAAGAAAUCUCGUUUCUUUGCUAAGUCUUUGUAUGAAAUUACUGAUAACCUACUGUAUCGUCUUUGUUCAGGAGCAUUUGCAUCGUUCAUGGACUCAACCGAAGAGUAUGUCGAGUUUCUAAACAAAGUUAGAAGGACUAUAUACAUCGACAACCUAUCGCCAGCAGUUACCGGAACUGUCGUGAAAGCUGCUUUCAAUCAGUUUGGUGACGUGGCAAGUGUUGAGUUCAUCCCCACCUUCAUGCAACCGGAAGGCGUCCCACGGGCUGCUCUAGUUGAGAUGGCAAACAUAACUCUCGCCCAACGGAUUAUCACCGACAUGAACACUCUAUCGUUCAUGAUUGGUGGACUGCCUAGGCCCGUCAGAGCAAAGCCUGCUCAAGUUGAGAUGUUUGACAAUCGUCCAAGAAAACCAGGCAGGGAAAUACAGUACAGCUGGCGUCGGAAAAAAGAUCCCGAUUUUGAAAUUGCUAAGAAAAUCCAGAAUGUGGUGAAGAGGCACGCCGCAGAGGCUUCGUUCUUACUCGAGCAACAACUGAAGGAGGAAGAAAGUCUUGCAGAACGACAAGCCGAGACUUUGAGAGUCAACUGUAAGAAACUUGAGGCGAUGGGCCGCGUUUCUCGUGACGGUAAACGCUUGGCAGAGCGCUACGGGAUUCGCAAAUAGUACAUAUAUUAUAUAUCUAUAAGGUAGAGUUUUGUGCGUCUGGCAAACGACCUUUUGUUUCUACGUUUUCUGUCCUUCAUCUACUUUGAAAACCUUAAAUCGCGGUAAAAGGAUUUUCGUAAAUCCCUAUAAACGAUAAACCAUCUGCUUCAAGCUGUUCAUCAUGUAUAAUAUGCUCUAGUAUGUUGCUAUGUUGCAAAUCUUGGUAUUUGCUGUAAAUACCUGGUUUGGUU